AUGACAAGCCACAAGGACGGCGAGUCCAUUGACCAGGCCGUGGUCGGUUCCCCAUCAGGGACGGAGGAUACAGAGGCCGGGGCGUCCCGUGAUGUCCAUGAAGCAGACCAAUCGGUUAAAAGAGGGCUCAAAGCCCGACACUUUAUAUUCAUGGCGCUUGGUAGCUCAAUUGGAACAGGUCUGUUUCUAGCAAUCGGCGACGCACUCAGCCGCGGAGGCCCGUUGUCUGUGUUUCUGUCCUAUACCAUUACGUCAAUGGCGGUCUAUGCGACGAUGCAAUGUCUCGGAGAGAUGGGUACUUGGAUGCCCGUUACAGGAGCCAUUCCGACCUAUUGCUCUCGGUUCGUGGACGAUGCUCUCGGAUUUGCGGUUGGUUGGAACGUUUGGUACGCCAACUCGAUGGUCGUCUGCACCGAGGCAUCCGCUGCGGCGAUUGUGAUCCAAUACUGGACGACAGAGGUGAACUCCGCAGUCUGGAUCACAAUUGUCAUCAUAGUCGCGAUCUUGCUCAACAUUAUAGCCGUGUCAAUAUUCGGCGAGGCCGAGUUUAUCUUCAGCAUAGUCAAGCUAACGACGAUGAUAGGGCUGCUCAUCCUGUCCCUGGUCAUUGACCUGGGCGGUGCGCCAGGCCAGGAACGCCUGGGGUUCCACUAUUGGAGGGUUCCAGGAGCGAUGAAUGAAUAUAUUGGAACUGGGGCUGCUGGGCGCUUUGCAGGGUGGUUUGCAACGGUGAUUGCGGCUGGGUUUGCGUUCGGCGGCUCCGAGGGCAUCAUCGCCGCUGCUGGCGAGGCCAAAGACCCGCGGAAGAACAUCCCAAAGGCAAUUCGCAUCAUCUUCGUCAGGAUCGUGGUGUUUUAUGUGCUAGGGUCACUGGCAGUGGGCCUGAUAGUGCCGUACGAUGAUCCCCGGCUGUUAAGCGGCGGUCCUGGCGCGGCCGCUUCCCCAUGGGUCAUCGGCAUCGUCAACGCAGGAAUCCCAGUGCUGCCAUCCAUCCUGAAUGCUGUUAUCCUGAUCUCAACCAUCUCGGUUGCCAAUAACAUGCUCUUCAAUGCCUCUUGA